CAAUCUCGGCGCAAAAUUGUCUGCUUUUUGUUUGCUGGGUUUAUCGGCUCACGGCUGGCUGAGACUAUGAUUCUUUCCUUGUGCAAACAGCUUUCCCAAACAGAGGCAAAGUGACAAUGUUCAGACUGCCCUGCCCUCCUUUCCUCGUCACUGAAAACCCUUCCUCAUAAAAGAAAAAAAAAAAAAAACAACACUUCCUCACACUGCGCGCCUCUGCUGCUGUAGCUGGAUGAAAAGCAAACAUGCGACAUCAACUUCUCUCCUACAGAUUUUCGGUGCGGUAAUCACUUUAAAAGACGGAUAUGCUUCUGCUGUGAGGAGAGGAAGCGACGCGGCAGAGGAGCACAGAAUGCGAGAGGCGCGGCGGGGUCGCACUGACGCGGGGAAAGCUUGUUUUUUGACUUUUCUCGGGGCUCGGUUGGACGCUAUACGGGGAUCGGUGUGAAAGUUGAUGAAGAGGAGAAAAGGGAUGGUGAAGCUUUCAGACCACGCUUCUGCUGAGCAGCGACUUCCUAUCAGAAUCACUGCUGCUGGAGAGGAGGCGCAGCCGUAGCUGGAAGUCAGUUCUUAGAAGGCAGCAUCUGUGGAGAUGCCGCUCCCACAGGGCAUGGUGCUCUGUCUGGGCAUUCUGCUGCUGACUGCUGGGGUGGUCUUGGCCCUGUGCGUGGGCCUUCCCCAGCAGUCAGCCCCGCUGUUUGGAGUUGGGCUCUUCCUAGGCCUGGGGGGCGUGGGCCUGCUGGUUAGCGGACUCUGCAUGGCCAUGAAGAACCUCCAGGUAGCAGUGCCAGGACACUUCCUCCUGCACCCCCGCACAGGCACGCGCUUCAGCCCACAGCAGGCACUGGCUAUACAAAGGAGGUUGGACCGAAUUCGUCGGGAGAUGUCAGAGGACUCUGUCAGCAGGAUACCAGAGCCUGAGCUCUCCCUCCCAUCCACCCCACCGCCCUGGACUAUGGAGCCGCCUCCAUCCUACGACACAGUGAUGAAGAGCCAGGAGCACAGUGAGCAGCUUUAACCUCUCAGGCUGGUCUUUACUUCGUGUCAGUGCCUCUUGUCUUGGGUUCUUAGCAAAAACCUUUAGUGAACAGUCGGUGCUAUGGAUGAACUUGAUGGUCUCUUCUGUGCCUUAAGACAGCCGCCCUAAACCCAAGUACAAGCCGGGAAACAGGAAGAGACUCCAGCUGGUUAAAGACUUCAUAUUUGUAUCGACUGUGCCCCGGUGUGGCCUCCUUGUCUACGAAAAGUGUGGGCUGUGAUUGAUUGUGAAAGGAAUUGAAAUGAUCACUACAACUGCUCCACUCUCAGAGCCUUUCCCGAGACCAGCAUUAUGUAACUUUUUCAACAAAAUCAAGGGAUUCACGUCAACACUUUGGCUGCAAGCUUCCCGUAGACAUGUUAUUAGGAUAUUUUAUUGGCCUGCUUGAAUUUUAUGUGACCUACUACUGUGGCUGCGCAGCACGAUCAGAACUUUCCUCAGAGCUACACAGCUCCUCUUUGUGUCUGCACUCUGUCCUGUCCUAUCGGUGUCCAUGAUUCAUUGACAGCUUACUCCAAUGCGAAGUGCCUUAACCAGUGACAGCAGAUGUCAACAAUACAGUGGUAUUUAUCUCUCAGCUUUGCACCCCGUGUUUGCAGAAUGUCCACUGUUAGUGCUAUGUUGUGAUGUUACUAUAAACUUGAGUUAAUGAAUAGCUACAGUGCUCUCUGUUGGCGGUGUCGCAUUUAGAAAUAAUGGAUUGUUUAUUUAACAGAGGGAAGCCCCGGAAAGGCACAGAGGAGAAACUAUCAACUCAUUUAAAACCAUGUCCAAAGAGAGCAAACAUAAACACUCAAACAGUACUGUUCAGAAGCUCAGUUGCAAAGUCUCCUUUUUGUCAGCAGCUUGUGGCAAGGUGACCUAUCAGGUACACACACACACACACACACACUUGCAAUUUUAUACCUGACCUGGCCAAGCUGUCUGCAGGCUGUAAUAACCAGCAGAGUGGAACCCUAACUGUGCUUACUCCACCCUCACCUUCAUGCCCUGCCAUGCCCCACAGAACAACACCAAAUCUGUCCUCACUGUAUGACAGGUGCUUGAGUUUA